AUGACAGAGAGGCCCAAGAUGCACGCCCGCGAUAGUUCAGGUCGUCGGGUCUCUCUCCUCAACGACGAGCCGGCGGUGCACGAGGCCGCCUAUAUGCCCCUUCACCAUUCCCCGUUCGCAACCUAUGACCCUUUCAAUAUGGCUCGAUCACAUUCGGCCACUUCUACACAAAGCCGGACGUCUUCUCCACUUGUACCCGAUCUGGUCCGGGCAGACUCCUGCGACUCCCACAACAACAAUGAUGCGCGCUCGCCAACCACCCCGACGUACUUGGUUCAGGAAUUUGGCAGGCCGCCGUCAUAUCCCGGAAACAAAGCCCAAGCCCACUUUGACUAUCGCGAAGCGCUGCCGAGUAUGGAGGAGUACUCUCCGAGCCACUUGUACGCCUUGCCAGCGCUCAAUGGGUACUCGAGUCGAACGUCCUACCCCGAACCUCGAAUGUUUGACGAGGACCAUUAUCAUCCUCAGAGUCGUGUUCCCCAAGAACGAGCUCCGAAGAGAUAUCCUUGCCGCCAUAAGGACACACACAACUGCGACAGGACGUUCACCACUUCCGGCCACGCAUCGCGCCACUCCAAGAUCCACACUGCGGAAAAAUCAGUCGCCUGCACCUGGCAAGGCUGCCAGAAGAAGUUCACUCGCGGAGACAAUAUGAAGCAACAUCUCGAGACGCAUACAAAGGAACGCUCCCGUGCUUCGACAGCGCAGAAGUCCACCGCCAUGCGGACUCUCACGAUGCCGUCGGGCGUGCGCAAGUCAUCCAUGGGAAGUCGUCCUUCAAGCCGGAAUACCGGCUCUGCAGUCGACUUUCCUGUGGACCCUGCGCUGUACCAGCAACCGCCGACGAUGUCACCAUACGGAGCAGUCUCCCCGCCUUUCUACGCGUCGCCUAUCAGUUCCCGACGCGAUAGUAUGUCAAGCGGCCUUGACGCUUUAGCUGCCAUUGCCUCGGACUCUCGUUACCGAUCCUGA